AGUACAAGCGGUGAGAAUGGCAUUUGGCAUUUGUGCGUGAAAUUGUAUUAGUUUUUGUAAGAACAAGUGCAUAUUUCUCACAAUAGCAGUUUCUUCCCAGUGGCCCUCGCGUAUUUGUGCAAUAAUUUAACUCCUUCAAGUGUUAAAAGUAUGUGUUGUGUAAAACCGUUUGUGUAUCGAAAAUUUUCUAUGUGAAUGGGUUGGGGUGGUUACUCCAGGUUUUGUUUCGUGCUUUGCAAUAAUGGAUUGACUUCCCGCUAACAUCGUUGGAAUUUAAAACAUUCGCGCAAGACCGGGAUGGAUGAAGGUCUACUCAAUGACCUGCUGGAGUGUUCCGUCUGUCUGGAGCGCCUGGACACCUCCUCUCGCGUCCUGCCAUGCCAGCACACGUUCUGUCUUAAAUGUCUUAAGGUAAUCGUCGAGUCCCACAAGGAGCUGCGAUGUCCCGAAUGCCGGGUCCUGGUGGAGGCGAAGGUGGAGGAGCUGCCUCCAAAUGUGCUCCUCAUGAGGAUCCUGGAGGGCAUGAAGAACUCGGCGCCGAGGAAGGUCAGCGCGCAACGCGUGAGGACCGGCCAUGGUCAGUCUCGAAUGUUCCAGAAUCAGCUGACACAGCAGACGUCUCGAUCAGAUAAGCAGAUGCCGCACGGCAGAGCGAUGUACGACUACAUAUCUAAAGAACCUGGCGACCUUUCGUUCAAGAAGGGUGAAACAGUAUUGUUCCAGAAGAAAUUGGAUCCGUUCUGGUAUCAUGGAGAAUGUUCUGGAAGGAGUGGUAUCUUCCCUAUCUCAUAUGUACAGGUGGUAGUACCGCUGCCAGUGGCCACUGCGCUGUGCAAAGCAUUGUACGACUUCCGAAUGUCCGCGCCCGAUGAGGAAGGCUGUCUCGCUUUUGAUAAAGGAGCAAUUAUAACAGUGCACCGUCGCGUCGAUGAGAACUGGGCCGAGGGCCGGCUCGACCAGCGCGUGGGUAUCUUCCCCAUUGCCUUCGUUGAGUUGAACCAAGCAGCGAGGCAGCUUAUGAACAGUACUCCAGUGAAUCGUCCCGUCCCACCGAUACCGGACCACGCGAGGCCGGGACACUCCGACCAUAGACAUACUCAGCAUCCUCACCGAUACCAGCAAAUGUCCAUAUCCACACCGUCAUCCGCGCAAGGCAACUACCAGAACAUGGCCACGAUGAGCCAAUCGCAGCCAACGUUCCACGCCAACGCGCCAAUAUUGGCCCAGCCCUCGCAAAUAUUGGCGCCAACCGGUUGGGCGGACACACAACACGUCCCCAUGCAGCGAAACAUCAUGGAACGCGCACAGACAAAAAACCUCCUCGACAUCAUAGACUUCACUAACUCGCACAAAGCGAUCGGCGUGCAGAGCGUGUCGCGCAUCGGCGAGAACUACGAUCGAGUUAGGACCAAAUUCGACAACUACUCGACGAAACUCGACGCGACCUACCAGAACGUGAGGGCGCAUGAACACUUCCCAGUCACCACCGGUUUCAACUCGAACAUCAGCUCCGACUCGAGUUCGAGCAUGAACACGCCGUGCUCGACGACCACGCCCAACACGAGCUCGAACACGAGCACGUGCGAAAGCGCCGAGCCCAGCUUGCCGAGCUCGCCGGACAACAACACAGAGAGGAAUACGACGGUUAUCGCGCAAGAGGAGACGCAAGAGAACCAAGAUGUCAAUACGUCGAUGGGCGUUCUCAGCUUGAACGAGAGCUCGACGGCCACAAACACGUCCUUGAAUGUCAGCUUGCCGUCGGAGAGUCCGAAAUUGAAUGCGUCCACCGCGUCCAGCGCUUCGCAGAAUCAAGGCGAGUGCCAAGAAAUCGCAAGCAACAAUGAACCUACGAGCCUUCCGUGUACGUCUAAGAAUAUACGAUCGAGUGGACCGGAUUCGAUACUGAAUUUCGGCCUGGGAUUGCAAGCGGCGUUGUCUCCGUCUCAUAGUAAAGACAGUAACUAUAUGGUCACAAGAGCGCAUAGGGACCAUCAUCAUAGAGAGAAGAGACACAGUUUGACUCCGUCGUCGCAUUUGCAAGGGAAUCAUACGCAAAAUCGUCACUCCGCCGAGAUCCUAGCGACCAGUCUGCUGGACCACACGCCAGACAGAGAGCGAGAUAGGCCGGAGCGCGAGCGCGAGCGGGAGCGGGAGAGGGAGAGAGAGAGACGACGACGCCGGUCGCGCAGCAACGAGCGCCCUCUGCCGGCGGCCUAUGUGGCACUCUAUCCGUACAAGCCGCAGAAGCCGGAUGAGCUCGAGUUGAAGAAAGGAGGUGUGUACACAGUGAGAGAGAGAUGCAGAGACGGCUGGUACAAGGGCUGGUGCGAGAGACUGCAGCGGGCUGGAGUUUUCCCCGGCAACUACGUGGCCCCACUCACACCGUUGGCCACUAGGGUUAAACAUGAUAAGAACGUCGCGAGUCCAUCGUCAUCCAUUGUGAAAGUGGCGCCGACAAGCAACGCCAUGAACGCCACGAACGCAACUAACGCCACUAACGCCACGAACGCCACCAAUGCCACGAACGCCACGCCCGCCUCGAGCUCCAGUGGCAACUGUGGCAAUAAUCUCGCACCGCCAGACGCGCCACCGAGAGCCAACAGUCCUUUAGCGACUAACGCUCAACCGUUAACAUAUCCAUGGAGUUCCCCCGCACCUCAGCAGAGCACGCCGCGUCCUGAGAAGAAGGACAAAGCGAAAUCGGAGAAGUCGUCCAUAUCGACGGGCGUGAGCCUCAUGAAGCGGCUCGCAGCGAUGAAGAAGUGCAAGUCGCCGCCGCCCGCCGGCUACAGCAUGGACAACCCGGUGUUCGACGACUCGCCCAACACCUCGCUGCUGUACACGCCGCCGCAGCACGCGGUGCACGUGCGGUCGGGCUCAUGCCCAUCGCAAUUGCUACGCACGUUGCCCGGGCAUGGCUCUGCCUCUAGCGGGCAUUCGUCUGCCCCCACUGCGCACUCGUCUGCCCCAACCGGGCACGCGACCGCCGUUACGGGGCACGCUUCUGCCUCCACCGGGCAUAUAUCUGCCCAGGGCGGACAUAAUGCGAUGUCCAGACACAAGGAAAGGCCGCACGAUCAUCGCAUGCACAGCAGGGGCAGCGCGGAGGGCCCGUGGCAGAGCCAGCACCGCAAGUCGCAGUCGCUGGACGUGACGGCCGCGCGCCGCGAGCGGCACCACUCCCAGCCAGUUAAGGAGAGAUUCCGCUGUAUAGUGCCGUACCCGCCGAACUCUGAAUACGAGCUCGAGUUGAAAGUGGACGAUAUAGUGAUGGUGUGCAAGAAACGCGGCGACGGCUGGUACAAGGGCACAUUGCAGCGGACGGGACGAACGGGACUCUUCCCCGCCUCCUUUGUGCAGAGUUACCCGCCCGAAUGACGUCACUAUUGAAGAACUCGCCAGAUUUGAGCACAGCCAAUCAGCGGUCAGCGUGGCGUUGAUGUGAUUAGUCAGAGAUUUUCGAAAAUAGAAUGCUGUUGACCGAUCAGUAGCCGAAUAUUUUGGAUAUGCCAAUCGACGAUCAGCAUAGCAUUGAUGUGAUUGGUUGUAGAUUGACAACGCAUCUGAUUGGUUCUUUUAUUGAAAUUUGAAAAGAUGAACAGUUCAAAAUGUGCUCAAAACUCGCGAUGUGCUCUAUUGUUCGUGAUACGGACAUUAUUUAGUUGUUUUUGACAGCUAUUACACUGAAAUAUUGACAAGAGGGCAGAUGGAUUUUGUAAUACAUAAUUUUAUAGUGAUGCAUGAAUAUGUCAAUAUUAAUGGGCCAUUGUAUUAAAUAAUUUCGCCAUCUAUGUAUGUCUCACGGAUUUCAACUUCGUUAUAAAUUAAAUCGUCAAAUUAAAUAUUACUAGAUAGAGAUUUUUUAAGACGAAAAAACGAUAAACUAAGCAAAACAACUGAUAAAACUGACACAAACAAAUACUCAAGACAUCACAAAUUUUCCCAAACGAAUAACAAGUGACGCAAUUAACGAAUUUUGACAUUAGCAAUAAAAGUUCGCGCCAAAAUUGGACAUUAAACAUGGCGGCUUACGGACAAAUGAAAAAAAAAUUGUGGAUCAUUUCGUAGAAUUAGAAUAGAGUAUUUUAUAACUAUUGUAUAAAACCCUUUUACAUUUAGACAAAUUGUGAAUUUAUUAUUUAGUUUCGAUACGCUUAUUAUUUUAAUUUUAUGCUUUUAUUUACAAAACGACACCAGUUGAUGCUGGGUUAAUUUAAUUAUUUUUUGUGGCAAGUUUCGCGACUUAAUUAUACCACUGCCAUAUUAUUACAUCGUUUAUACCUAUUACUAAUUAACAGAAAAACCUUAAUUUUUAUAAACUCAGUGUUGCCACAUGAAAGUUGAAAAGUAGAAACGCAUGUUUUUCCUAAAAUUUUACAUUAUAUUUGAAUUUUGAAUUAAUAUUAAAGUAAAUUUAACUUGCAACACUGAUACCACUUAUACUCCCUUUUAGAUUGUAUUCAUUUAGAAAAAUAUAUUUAAAUAAAAAUAUAUUAUGGU